CGGCAUGGCUGUGCAACAUGUGCAUGCUUCAAGUCUGUGCCAUCUUUGGGGGCACGAUCUGUUCAGCCUCAUUCUCAGGUUAAGGUCAUGACCUGGGAAGGAGACCAGCAAAGGCAGGAAAUACCAUGUCAACAGAAUUCUGUAAAAAAAUAUCUUCAUGUCAUUUAGUCAAUAUAAAAAGAUCAUAACUUUGCCAGGGAUGAUAAAAAAUGGAACAUAGAAUGUUAUCAAAAUAGAAAUAAUUGAAGUUUAAUGUAAAUCAUGAAGAUUCAACUGGUUUGAUUCUCCCCGAACUGGACAGUAUUUCCUGCCAUGUCUACAACCUAGUACAGUAUAACCAUAGCUUGCCAGACUUAGACAGUAGCCAGCCUCCUAUAUAACCAGUAGUGUAGCUUCCUUAUAUGGUACUCGAGGUCUAUGUUGUUAAAUGUUCUCUGUGGUCUGUGUUACUAAAUAUUUGUGUUUUUGCUUUAAGGGAUGCAAUCAAAUUCCCCUUUAAGUUAUCCUCAUUUGUUUCAGUAGCAGUUUGGGUGGUGGUAUAUGUAGCUAAUAUAUAAUGAUGUUUGGCAAAUAUAUUCCCUAUACUGUGCAUUUCUUUGCAGCAAGAGCUUAUUGUGACCUACACAGUAACAGGUCAUUUUGACCUUGAUUCACCCCAGAAAUUGAUCAACAUCCAUGCCAUUACUGGCUUACUAGGAGAUCUUGGCUCAACAGGACUCCUAAUUCUGUACAUGAAUACCAAUGUUGAAACUUUGUAAUGAUGACAGCUACCAUUGAGAAAUGUAUUCCGCUAUUGUUAGUGUCUUUUCGUUACUUUUAGGCUUUAGUGGUAUUAUCAAAACAUCGUCACAAUGUUUGACAUACCGUGCCAGCAUUCUAGACAAUCAUUUGUGCUUAUAAAUAAAUAAAGGUGGCUACAAGGCUACAAUCAAUUCAGAUUAACAAGUUAACAAGUAUAUGUCUUUCUGGUUGGAUAGAACCUGAAACAGUCUCUGCCUCAUAUGUGUUGACAGAGCCACCUUAUAAGAACGAGGUAGUCGCUCUGUGUGAACAGUGGAUACUAAUAUUACCUAUAAACUGGUGGUGUUGCAAUGCAGUUGCAUAGUCAGUGAAUCAAAAAUUAUCAGCACUCAAAUUAUAUUGGACUUUUGCAACACUUUCAACCAAAUAUUUUCAACUUUCCAUGAAAACACAAAACAAUUUUUUUUCAUUGAAUAAAAACUCAUAAAUUCAGUUGUAUUAGCCACCUAUGACAAGGAAAUGGAGUUUGUAUAAUGUCUGCAUCUUGUAGUAUUAAACGGAAAUAGCAUUCAGCUGUACACACAUUUCUCCCGUGAUCUACCAGGGAUUCAGUUAAAACAUGACCACAUAACAACUUAAGAGAAUAUUAAUGCAGUGAUUGGAAGAAAUUAUGUCUGAAACUAUUUAUUGUACCAGAAAUAAUAUACUAUAUUAUCUUGUUAUGUUAGUUGCUGCUUUUACUGUAGAAAUAGAUUCAGAUUCAGAGUUAGAUUUAGCUGCUUUUACUAUAGAAAUAUAUUUAGAUUUAGAUUUAGAUUCGGACAAAUAAUCGUUUAAAUAAAGUAGCACUUUGGUAUUUUAGCUGUUUUAUUUGUAUGUAUUGAUCAGUAUGUCAAGUCAUCAUUUGAGACUUCAGGUUCUCUUAAGGUAUCUAAACAGCCAAAGUACUACUGAAGUAGCUCUACAUAGUUCAAUUAUGAGUGAUUAGAAGAAAUUAUGUCUGAAACUAUUUAUUGUACCAGAAAUAACAUACUAUAUUAUCUUGUUAUAUUAGUUGCUCCUUUUACUGUAGAAAUAUAUUCAGAUUCAGAGUUAGAUUUAGCUGCUUUUACUAUAGAAAUAUAUUCAGAUUUAGAUUUAGAUUUAGAUUCGGACAAAUAAUCGUUUAAAUAAAGUAGCACUUUGGUAUUUUAGCUGUUUUAUUUUUACGUAUUGAUCAGUAUGUCAAGUCAUCAUUUGAGACUUCAGGUUCUCUAAAGGUAUCUAAACAGCCAAAGUACUACUGAAGUAGCUCUACAUAGUUAUGCAAUGAAAUAUAUGUAGGCAAUGACAUCACAAGUGAGAUUAAACCUUUAGUACAGUGGCACAGGGAUGUAUCUCACUGUCCAGGGAUGUAUCUCACUGUCCAGGGAUGUAUCUCACUGUACAGGGAUGUAUCUUACUGUCCAGGGAUCUAUCUCACUGCCCAGGGAUCUAUCUCACUGCCCAGGGAUGUAUCUCACUGUCCGAGGAUCUAUCUCACUGCCCAGGGAUCUAUCUCACUGCCCAGGGAUCUAUCUCACUGCCCAGGGAUCUAUCUCACUGUCCAGGGAUCUAUCUCACUGUACAGGGAUCUAUCUCACUGUCCAGGGAUCUAUCUCACUGUCCAGGGAUGAAUCUCACUGUCCAGGGAUCUAUCUCACUGUCCAGGGAUGUAUCUCACUGCCCAGGACUCUAUCUCACUGCCCAGGGAUGUAUCUCACUGCCCAGGACUCUAUCUCACUGCCCAGGGAUGUAUCUCACUGCCCAGGGAUCUAUCUCACUGCCCAGGGAUCUAUCUCACUGUCCAGGGAUGUAUCUCACUGCUCAGGGAUCUAUCUCACUGCCCAGGGAUGUAUCUCACUGUCUGAGGAUCUAUCUCACUGCCCAGAGAUGUAUCUCACUGUCAAGGGAUGUAUCUCACUGUCCAGGGAUCUAUCUCACUGCCCAGGGAUGUAUCUCACUGUUCAGGGAUCUAUCUCACUAUCCAGGGAUCUAUCUCACUGCCCAGGGAUGUAUCUCACUGCCCAGGGAUCUAUUUCACUGUCCAGGGAUGUAUCUCAGUGCCCAUGGAUGUAUCUCACUGUCCAGGGAUCUAUCUCACUGCCCAGGGAUGUAUUUCACUGUCCAGGGAUGUAUCUCACUGUACAGGGAUCUAUCUCACUGUCCAGGGAUCUAUCUCAGUGCCCAGGGAUGUAUCUCACUGCCCAGGGAUGUAUCUCACUGUCCAGGGAUGUAUCUCACUGUACAGGGAUGUAUCUCACUGUCCAGGGAUCUAUCUCACUGCCCAGGGAUGUAUCUCACUGCCCAGGGAUCUAUUUCACUGUCAAGGGAUGUAUCUCACUGUCCAGGGAUCUAUCUCACUGCCCAGGGAUGUAUUUCACUGUCCAGGGAUGUAUCUCACUGUACAGGGAUCUAUCUCACUGCCCAGGGAUCUAUCUCACUGUCCAGGGAUGUAUCUCACUGCCCAGGGAUCUAUCUCACUGCCCAGGGAUGUAUCUCACUGUCUGAGGAUCUAUCUCACUGCCCAGAGAUGUAUCUCACUGUCAAGGGAUGUAUCUCACUGUCCAGGGAUCUAUCUCACUGCCCAGGGAUGUAUCUCACUGUUCAGGGAUCUAUCUCACUGUCCAGGGAUCUAUCUCACUGCCCAGGGAUGUAUCUCACUGCCCAGGGAUCUAUUUCACUGUCAAGGGAUGUAUCUCACUGUCCAGGGAUGUAUCUCAGUGCCCAUGGAUGUAUCUCACUGUCCAGGGAUCUAUCUCACUGCCCAGGGAUGUAUUUCACUGUCCAGGGAUGUAUCUCACUGUACAGGGAUCUAUCUCACUGUCCAGGGAUCUAUCUCAGUGCCCAGGGAUGUAUCUCACUGCCCAGGGAUGUAUCUCACUGUCCAGGGAUGUAUCUCACUGUACAGGGAUGUAUCUCACUGUCCAGGGAUCUAUCUCACUGCCCAGAGAUGUAUCUCACUGCCCAGGGAUCUAUCUCACUGCCCAGGGAUGUAUCUCACUGUCAAGGGAUCUAUCUCACUGCCCAGGGAUGUAUCUCACUGCCCAGGGAUCUAUCUCACUGUCCAGGGAUCUAUCUCACUGCCCAGAGAUGUAUCUCACUGCCCAGGGAUGUAUCUCACUGCCCAGGGAUCUAUCUCACUGCCCAGGGAUCUAUCUCACUGCCCAGGGAUGUAUCUCACUGUCAAGGGAUCUAUCUCACUGCCCAGGGAUGUAUCUCACUGCCCAGGGAUCUAUCUCACUGCCCAGGGAUCUAUCUCACUGUCCAGGGAUCUAUCUCACUGCCCAGGGAUGUAUCUGACUGUACAGGGAUGUAUCUCAGUGCCCAGGGAUGUAUCUCACUGUCCAGGGAUGUAUCUCACUGUCUAGGGAUCUAUCUCACUGUUCAGGGAUGUAUAUCCCUGUCCAGGGCUCUUUCUCACUAUCCAAGUGUUGAGGCAUACAUGUGUCAGAUGAUGAGUAUUUACAUGUUUCAUAAACCCAACAUCGAUGUAUGUGUUUACAUGUUGAUUUAUUGGCCUUUCUAUUUUCACAGUAAGUUGUAAUGUUUUCAAGGGUGGGCUGUUGAAAUUAGCUGACUCUUUA